AUGUGGACGUGGACGUGGACGUGGACGUGGUCGUGGACGUGGACGUGGACGUGGACGUGGACAUGGACGUGGACGUGGACGAGGACGUGGACGUGGACAUGGACGUGGACGUGGACGUGGACGUGGACGUGGACAUGGUCGUGGACGUGGACAUCGACUUGGACGUGGACAUGGACGGGACGUGGACGUGGACGUGGACACGUGGACGUGGACGUGGACGUGGACGUGGACGUGGACGUGGACGUGGACAUGGACGUGGACGUGGACGUGGACAUGGACGUGGGCGUGGACGUGGACGUGGACAUGGACGUGGACAUGGACGUGGACGUGGACGUGGACGUGGACGUAGACGUGGACGUGGACGAGGACGUGGACGUGGACGUGGACGUGGACGUGGACCUGGACGUGGACGUGGACGUGGACGUGGACCUGGACGUGGACGUGGACGUGGACCUGGACGUGGACCUGGACAUGGACGUGGACGUAGACGUGGACGUGGACGUGGACUUGGACGUGGACGUGGACGUGGACGUGGACGUGGACUUGGACGUGGACGUGUACGUGGACUUGGACGUGGAGAACUUGGACGUGGACAUGGACGUGAACGUGGACGUGGACGUGGACGUGGACGUGGACAUGGACGUGGACGUGGACGUGGACAUGGACGUCGACGUGGACAUGGACGUGGACGUGGACGUGGACGUGGACGUGGACGUGGAGGUGGACGUGGACGUGGAGCUGGACGUGGACGUGGACGUGGAGGUGGACAUGGACGUGGACGUGGACGUGGACGUGGACGUGGACGUGGACGUGGACGUGGACGUGGAGGUGGACGUGGACGUGGACGUGGACAUGGACGUGGACGUGGACGUGGACGUGGACGUGGACAUGGACGUGGACGUGGACGUGGACGUGGACGUGGACGUGGACGUGGACAUGGACGUGGAGGUGGACGUGGACGUGGACGUGGACGUGGCGAUGGACGUGGAUGUGGACGUGAACGUAGACGUGGACGUGGACGUGGACGUGGACAUGGACGUGGAGGUGGACGUGGACGUGGACAUGGACGUGGAGGUGGACGUGACGUGGACGUGGACGUGGACGUGA